GCCUGGGCAUAAGGUCAUUAUAUGAUAUUGAGAAAGCUUUCUCAUUAAAGCUCUGGUGGAAAUUAAAAACUGGUGACUCUUUGUGGACUCAGUUUAUUAAAGACAGAUACAAUAGAGGAGAGAACAUGAUACCCAAGGUGACUGACUCAGCAGUGUGGAGGAGAAUUUGUUCUAUUGACCAGCAAGCAUCCAUUCUUUGUUCUCUUAAUCCUUCUGGUCAUUUAAUCUGGGAUGAAGAAGCAGAUGGUUUGUUUUCCUUCAAAUCUGCUUAUGAAGCUGUCAGGGAUCACAAAGUCAGUUCAGAUGUGUACAAGAAUAUUUGGGAAUCCAAACAGGAACUGAAAAUUAAGAUCUUUCAAUGGAAAAUUGUAAAAGGUAUCAUCCCUAUUACGGACAAGCUUGGAAGAUUUAAGCAGGUAUUAAACCCUUCUAUGUGCCCUCUUUGUAGAAGACAAAGUGACUCCUUGAUUCAUCUUUUCUUUCAAUGUAAUGUGGUGGAAGGUGUGUGGAGAUAUUUUUGGGGAAUCCUGGGGCUGUAUAUGCCUCUUAACUCUGAUUUAAAUAUUUCUAGAGUCCUAAGAAUGAAGAACGGAGGUCAUAGUCUUCUGAAUAUUUUUAGACAGAACAUAUCUGGUAUAUUACUUUGGUUUAUUUGGAAAGUAUACUCUUCUAUUAUUUGGGGUAAUGAAGAUUCAUCUCCUUCCACAGAUCAGAUUAUUUUUCAAAUCAAAAUGUACACUCAAUCAUGGGCGGUUAGCUUAUCAGGUCUCAAAAUACGCCAGAUUGGUGACAUUCUCUUUGAAGAACAACUGAUUCCAAGAUAUUACAAGCCUAAUAUCACACGGCCUCAAAUUAUUAAGUGGAGAAAACCGAAGCAAAGAUGGAAGCUAAACAUUGACGCGAGUUACUUAUCUGAUUUAGCGUCUGGGGGUGCGAUUCUUAGGAGCUCUUCAGGUCAGAUGAUUCAGGCUAUCUCCUUCCCUCUUGAAGCUGAUUCAGCUUUGGACGCAGAAAUUAAAGCCCUGUGUUUUGUGGUAAGAUGGGUGGAGGAUGAAGGAUAUGAAGAUGUGGAGGUGGAGACCGAUUCCCUCAUGCUGCUGGAGUAUUUUUCACGCAAGGAUUGUCGGAGAUGGAAAAUUCUGAUUCAGGAAACCUCAGAGAUUAUGAAUAGGAAACGGAUCAGUAUUUUACAUACUCUCAGGGAGGGGAAUUGGGUUGCGCAUUUUUUAGCGGUGGGCCGAGCUCUAAGGGUGAUUAAAUUUGAUGAUCCAAAUGUUUUACCUAUCCAGGCUAAAAGGGCCUAUUGGAUGGAUUAUUUUGG